AUGUCACGCUCCACCUCUCCAAUUCCAGCCUUCUACUACCACUUCUUUACCACGCUAGACCCGCUGAUCUCCCUUUCGGCAAUCUACAUGAACUUCUUCUCUCCCGAAACGAUUCUCGGUUCCGCAUUCGCUCCAUCAUCGCCGUGGUGUACCGUAACGCCCUCUCACACAAUGCUGAUGCACCAAGCGGGCGGCGCUUUCGCCAUGUUCGCGUUCCUUAUGGUCUUCAUGUUACGCGCCACAAAUGAUCUCAAGGUCUGGAAGUACUUUGAAGCUGGCGUGUUGAUGACGGAUGGGGCGGCAUUUUGGAGUCUGGGGAAUGCGUUGGCGAGUCAGAGGCGGUUGGGUGUAGGAGAGUGGAGAGGGGAGGAGUGGGGGACUGUUGUGAUCUUGGUGGUGGUUAGUGUUGUUCGCAUAGCAUUUCUGAUGGGUCUUGGGAUGGAGCAGAGGAGGGUUGCGAAGAAGAUUGAGUAA